AUGGAGUCCCCCGACACGCCAAUGAACAGCGACCAGUACAUCCAGAAUGCUGUGCGCGCCGUCAGCCAGAAGAAGCCGGUCCCUGAGAUCGACUUUACUCUGCACACCAUGGAGGACGGCACGCAGGUGAGCACGCUGGAGCGCGUCAUCAAAGAUGUCCAGGCCCCCGCCUUCCAACCCCCCACCAUGGAGCAGUUCUGGUCGCCGAACGACCCCUCCAAGCCAAAUCUGCAGUUUCUGAAGCAGCACUUCUACCGGGAGGGUCGCCUGACCGAGGAGCAAGCGCUCUGGAUCAUCAACAAGGGUACCGAAGUCCUCAAGGCGGAACCCAACCUGUUGGAGAUGGAUGCACCUAUUACUGUCUGCGGUGAUGUACACGGCCAAUACUACGAUCUCAUGAAGCUCUUCGAAGUUGGUGGUGACCCAUCUGAGACCCGCUAUCUCUUCCUUGGCGACUAUGUCGACCGUGGCUACUUCAGCAUCGAGUGCGUUCUGUACCUGUGGGCGCUGAAGAUCUGGUAUCCGAACACGCUCUGGCUGCUCCGUGGCAACCACGAGUGCCGGCAUUUGACUGAUUACUUCACCUUCAAGCUCGAGUGCAAGCACAAGUACUCGGAAUCUAUAUACGAAGCUUGUAUGGAGUCUUUCUGCGCCUUGCCGCUGGCGGCAGUCAUGAACAAGCAAUUCCUUUGCAUACACGGUGGUUUGAGUCCGGAGCUCCACACCUUGGAGGAUCUCAAGAGCAUUGACCGCUUCCGGGAACCUCCCACCCAUGGCUUGAUGUGCGACAUUCUUUGGGCAGACCCGCUUGAGGAGUUCGGCCAAGAAAAGACGUCCGAAUUCUUUGUCCACAACCACGUGCGCGGUUGUUCAUACUUCUUCUCUUACCCGGCUGCUUGCGCGUUCUUGGAGAAGAACAACCUUCUGUCGAUCAUCCGUGCGCACGAGGCGCAGGAUGCUGGCUACCGCAUGUACCGGAAGACGAGGACGACGGGUUUCCCCAGUGUCAUGACUAUCUUCUCCGCCCCCAACUACUUGGACGUCUACAAUAACAAGGCAGCCGUGCUGAAGUACGAGAACAACGUCAUGAACAUCAGGCAGUUCAACUGCACCCCCCACCCGUACUGGCUCCCGAACUUCAUGGAUGUUUUCACGUGGUCUCUGCCCUUCGUUGGCGAGAAGAUCACCGAUAUGCUCAUCGCGAUUCUCAACACUUGCUCCAAGGAGGAGCUCGAGGAGGAAACGCCUGGAUCGAUCUCAUCCGGACCGAACUCGCCGCCGCUUUCCAGCAUGGAUCCCGAGUCAACCGAGUUCAAGCGUCGGGCCAUCAAGAACAAGAUUCUUGCCAUCGGACGUCUUUCGCGUGUGUUCCAAGUGCUGCGUGAGGAAUCAGAGCGCGUCACGGAGCUCAAGACGGCUUCUGGUGGCAGGUUGCCCGCUGGUACGCUUAUGCUUGGUGCGGAGGGCAUUAAGCAGGCUAUCCACAGCUUCGAGGACGCGCGCAAGGUUGAUUUGCAGAACGAACGCCUGCCCCCGAGCCAGGAGGAGGUGCGCCGGUCGGAGGAGACCAGCAGACAAGAGGCAUUGGAGAAGGCAGCAAUGGAGGCUGAGAAUGACGCCGGGCUCGCCACUGUUGCGCGGAGGAUUAGCAUGUCCUCUGGCUCGAGCAGGAAGCGCUGA